AUGCCUGUUGCCCAGCAACAGCAGCCAAAGCCAAACAUCCAGCGAGGCCCAGGGCGCCGCCUACAGCAGCCGAGGGCGAGAGCCACACCGAAUCACUGCUCAAGCUGCGGAGGCGGCGACAGAUACGUUCUUGGACGGAUGCUCUGGGCCCACAUCCCCAGCUUCCCAACUCGGCACAUCUCAUUUAGUCAACAAUUUUCCAACGCAGACCUGUUGGCAGUGAAAGGCAAGCUAGCUUUUUCCUUCUUAGCUAGCCAGAAUUUCUUUCCGACAGAAGCAAAAGGCUUAGUUCCAGUUUUCAAGCCCAACAGGGACAUUGCCCAUCAGAGCCCGGCCAAGCCCUGGUAUCUGGCCUGGAGCUUGUGCGAGUUCCCCAAGCUGCGGGUGGCCACUGUGUGGGUGGAAGCUUUCAUGGUAAGGGAACAGUGCCAUCUGCAUACCGCAGGGCCAACGCAUCAGGUUUCAGGUACCCCCAAAAUCUUGAAGUCUGGGAUGCUCUGUUGUGAAUUCCUAAGUGCCCUCAAAAGAAACCACCGAUUCGACAGGAUAAAAACUGAGGUAAGAAGGAGACAAGAUCAGGCUGGACACAAGGACCAGCUCUGGAACUGUGGCUCUCAAAAACUGUCAGGGUUGAGCACGGAAAUCUUGUUAUUCCCCCUUCGAAAAAUCCGACGCAGAACCAAGGUUUUGUUCUAGCCGGAAGAUGUCAGUCGUCCCUAUAACCACCCCAAAGCCAGAAAUGCUUUGAAAUACACACUU